GAUGUGCAGACAGUCAUGUAGCCUAUUUGGAGAAACUUGCCUCUCCAUCACUUUACUUCCGCAUGAAACAUGUUUUUAACACAGCAUUUUCUGCUGAGCACAACACUCGAGUAAAUGCUGUUUGUUUGCAUUUGUGUUUAACAUUAACAUAACCUCCUGGAAACAUCUCGACUAGAAUGCAACAGCAGCAGCAGACUGUUGACUGCGGAGAUCAUAUGGAGGGAAAACUGGACAUGGGAUAUGCUUCUCCGUCCCAUCAACAACAUCAGCGGGGCUUAUGGAAAUCCUUGCAGGGCAAAUCCAAACUCACUUCGAGCCCCAAACUGGGCAAGAAAGAACGGAAACAAGAGAGCGUAUUUUGGAUUUUUAAAAAGAAAAAGGCAAAUGGUUUGAACCAAGCGAUGUCUUCGUCUCAGCCCAAUCUGUCCAGCGCAGCGGCUCAGGAAAGCGGGAGUGAUGGGGACGAGAGCGAGAGGGCGCGCUGCGGUAUGCCGGAGCAGAGUGGAGGUAGAGCGGCCGCAGCGGCAGUUUCACUCGGUAAGGAGACCCAGACGCUGAAAAGAACCAUGAGCGCUAAACCGACUGUCUCGCAUUUGGUGCAGUCUCAACACAAACCUGCUCAGCAAGGAUCCACAAGCACAGAGGGUGCUGUGGUGGAUGGUAACGAGGAACAGGUCAAUAAAAGCAUGGGCAUUAAUGCAGCUAGUAAUGGCAGCACACAACCAUCACUACCUGCUUCAGCAAUGUACCAGCUGGACAUCAUGCUGAAAAGAGGAAACAAUCUUGCCAUUCGAGACAGAGGGGGGACAAGUGAUCCAUAUGUGAAAUUUAAAAUAGCUGGUAAAGAAGUUUUCCGUAGUAGAAUCAUCCCCAAGAACCUGAACCCGGUUUGGGAUGAACGAGUUUGCCUGAUAGUGGACAAUUUACAAGAGCCUCUAUAUAUUAAGGUGUUUGACUAUGAUUUUGGCCUUCAAGAUGACUUUAUGGGUUCAGCAUACCUGCACCUUGAUUCGCUGGAGCACCGGAGACUUCUGGAUGUUCGGUUGGAACUUCAAGACCCUCACUGCCCUAAUCAGGUCCUGGGCUCUCUUGAGCUGGCGAUCACUCUGUUCCCAAGAGGUCAGGAAGACAGAGAGGCCCUCAGACAAGCGCAGCAGCAACAGCAAAAUCUGCGACUUUCUGACCUGUACAAGAAGUCUCAGCUGUGGAGGGGAAUCGUGAGCAUCCACCUCGUCGAGGGUCGCGACCUCAUCCCUAUGGACCAGAACGGCCUCAGUGACCCGUACGUCAAAUUCAAACUGGGCCAUCAAAAGUACAAGAGCAAGACAAUUGCCAAAACCCUGAACCCUCAGUGGAGGGAGCAGUUUGACCUGCAUCUGUUCGAUGAGGAGGGUGGAGUUCUGGAGAUCUCCGUGUGGGACAGAGACAUGGGCAGAAGAGAUGACUUCAUUGGCCAGUGUCAAUUGGACCUGUCACAGUUGAGUAGAGAGAAGACUCAUAAAGUAGAACUGGAGCUGGAUGAGGAUAAAGGUACAAUAGUACUGCUGGUCACUCUCACAGCCACAGUUGCUGUCUCCAUCUCUGACCUGUCAGUCAACAUACUGGACGACCCACAUGAACGACGACAGAUCCUUAAGAGAUAUAGUCCUCUGAGGUCAUUCUUUAACCUGAAGGAUGUUGGAAUCGUGCAGGUGAAAAUCUUGCGGGCAGAGGGGCUGAUGGCAGCAGAUGUCACAGGAAAGAGUGACCCAUUCUGUGUGGCGGAGCUCUGUAACGAUCGGCUGCAGACACACACAGUCUACAAAACACUGAACCCAGAGUGGAAUAAAGUCUUCACCUUCAAUGUGAAAGACAUUCACUCUGUGCUGGAAGUCACCGUGUAUGACGAGGAUCGAGACCGCAGUGCUGAUUUCCUGGGUAAAGUGGCCAUCCCUUUAUUAAACAUUCGCAACAGCGAACAGAAGGCGUACAUCUUGAAAAACAAGGAGCUGACAGGGCCAACAAAAGGGGUCAUCUUUCUCGAAGCAGACGUCAUCUUCAACGCCGUGAGAGCCAGUUUGCGGACGUUCAAACCACCGGAACAGAAGUACAUUGAAGAAGAGUCCAAAGUCUCUAAACAGCUGUUGCAGCAGAAUUUUUACCGAGUGAAACGCUGUGUCCUCUUCCUCAUUAACGUGGGCUCCUACAUCAACAGCUGCUUUCAAUGGGAGUCGCCUCGCAGGAGUAUAUGUGCUUUCUUGAUCUUUGUGGUGGUGGUUUGGAAUUUCGAGAUUUACAUGAUUCCACUGUCCUUGCUGCUACUUCUAACCUUGAAAUACUUCCUGUUGGCCUCUGGGAAGGAACCAUGCGAGGGAGGUGUGCACGCAAUGGAGGACCUUCUUGAAGAUGAGGAGGAAGACUGUGACAAAGAUGACAAGGAUUCUGAGAAAAAGGGCUUCCUGGACAAAUUCUAUGCGAUUCAAGAUGUGAUCAUUUCUGUUCAGAAUGCCCUGGAUGAAGUGGCCUCCUUUGGGGAAAGAGUGAAGAACACAUUCAACUGGUCAGUGCCUUUUCUGAGUUGGUUAGCCAUAACAGUUCUGAUUGCGGGUGCUACUCUAAUUUAUUUCAUUCCACUACGCUACAUUUUGCUGGCCUGGGGUAUCAAUAAAUUCACCAAAAAACUUCGAAACCCUUACCUCAUCGACAAAAACGAGCUAAUGGACUUCCUAUCCAGAGUUCCGUCAGAUGUUCAGAUGGUUCAGUACAAAGAAUUCAGACUGGAUUCCACACAAAGCCCCAGCAAGAGAAGAAGAAACAAUCCCUGAUAAUUCCUGCCAUGCAGUUUUACAUUUUUAAAUCAACAGCCUCCAGAGCACUGUGUGUGUAUACAAUACACUGUGAAUGUCACAUAGACUUUUAAAAAUAUAUUUCUAUUGUUGCUGUCAUUGUUAUUUAUGCAAACUUGCCAACUACAAUCAUCCAGGGGUAGUAAUAUUUACAUGGCACAAAAAUGUAUUGUUGUUCAUAUAAUGUACUUUUAAAUAUUUACUGUAUAUGCCCAUUCAUAUUCUAUGGCACUGAUUUUGCAUUACUAAACUGUAUUUUACAUUUUGGGUUUUUAAUUUUAUUUUUGGCCUUUUGCCACUUUUAUUGAGAGAGAUGAUGGGGAAAGAGAGGGGUAAAUGGGCCAGAUUCGAACUCCCAUCACCCCCGUGAGCGCCACAGCUCAACGUAUUGGCCAACAUGUGCCGAACACUAGGCCAUGGCUUCAAUGAAUUUGUCUUCGUUUCUGGGGCAAACACAAACAUUUGCUAAAUUAAUUGUAAAAUAUGCACAAUGGGUUACAAUCUGGUGUAAUCUCAGCUUUUCUUCAAGAUACAAACCUUAAUGGUGUACUUUUCACAUUUGAGGUCAGUGUUUAUAUCAUUCACUUUGGGUGUGAGUUUUGAACAUGAUUUUAAUCCGUAACCACGUAUUUAAAGGAGAAAUUGCAUGCUGUGCAUCCAAAUCCAAACAGUGUAUGUGUGUUUCAAAAUAUUCCUGUAAAUAUACAUUGUGGAAAGAUUAUUUAUGUUAUUUUGGGCACAUAUACCAAUGACCUCUUUCAUACUGUUAUUCCAAUAUAAUAUGCGUUUUUCAUUAUGUAUGCCAUGACGAGUGAUGAUACAGUGUUUUAUUAUAACAUUUGUAUAUUUGUGUUGCUUGUUAACAAGAAUGACUCUUUAUGGUCUAUGAGCAUGUUUAACUGUUACAAAGAUAAAAUUAUUCUAGAUAAAACUAUUAUUAUUUGGAAUGAAUGAAUGAUUUAUAAUUUUGCCUUUCGGAAUAUUUAAAUUUAGAAAACUUUUGCAUACUCCAAGAAUUAGUGUAUUAGCAUUGACCUUGCAUACUCAUACAGGGCUGGAACCAGCCAAUGAGAAACUCUUUGGUCAUGAACUUGGAGUUAUUAAACAAAAAUAAUGAAAAAAUAUACAUUUUUAUAUAUAAUCUGAUUAGUUUUGGUAUUUACUGGUCUUCAAAAGUGCAGAUUGUUCAGAACAUCUGAAAAGUAUUAUUACAGGAUAUUCAACGAGAAAAAAAAAGUUGGAUGCAACUUGAUUGUAUACUCCAGUAAUGAAUUGAAUCAUGAAAAGUAAAAAGACAAACAUGUUUUCCUUUGAAAUAAUGUGCAUCAAUGCAUUACUCAAAAUAAGAUCAAGAAUGUGCAUUAAAAAAAUAAAUAGGAUCAAUUUUGAUUUCAUGCUGACUUUAAGUAACCCAACCCUCCAAAAUAAAAUAAAUUAAUUCAUUAAAACACAAAUUAAUAA